UCCAGUUUUAAGUGCUAACUAUCUGCUAAUGGUGUUAGGCGGCGUAUUAUUAAUAGGAGUAGCAAAUAAUAGUGGAGUUUUAUGUCAAGUUUGUGGCCCACCUGCUGUGCCUCUCAACGCCAAAGUCACUACACAAUCAAAGGAGGGCAUCGGCAUCACUGAGGCUCGUUACGAAUGCGAUUCCGGCUAUGAACUAUUUGGUCAGGCGACUAUUACGUGCGAUCCGGUGCGUGGAUGGACGAAAGAUUUGCCAUUUUGCGGCACAAAUGUCGCCUAUCGCAAGCCAACCAACCAAUCGUCGUCGACAAGAAAUGGUCCCGCUACCUACGCGAACGACGGCAAACUCGGAAAUCAGAAUCCAGACGGUCAGCAAUGCUCGGAAACGUUGAAAGAAGCAUCGCCAUGGUGGAAAGUUGAUCUCCUGACGCCACAAAUGAUUCGAGUUGUACGAAUUACCACGAGAGGAUGUUGCGGGCAUCAACCGUUGCAGGAUUUGGAGAUUCGUGUCGGUAACAGCAGCACAGAUUUGCAACGAAAUCCGCUUUGUGCUUGGUAUCCCGGCACCCUUGACGAGGGAACGACGAAAGAAUUCCUCUGUGCCAGACCGUUAGUGGGACAAUUCGUGGCCAUACAACUUGUGGGCGAAGGCAGCUUGAGUUUGUGCGAAGUUGAAAUUUUCUCCAACGAGGAAUUCACGCCGGAACGAUGUGCCGCGCCAAAUUUGAACGCAGACACAAUUCUCACGACUUUUGCAAGGACCUGUUACGAGUUUCAUGUGACGCGCGGGGAAAGUUUCGAAAAAGCCCGACAAAUUUGCCAAUCGCAUGGUGGGGAUUUGUUGCAUGACUUCAAAGGAGCCUCCAAAGAUUACGUUUUGUCGGAGCUGGAACGUCGCAAGAGCGAUUUGAAGACACAACUUGUGUGGAUUGGUGCUCAAAAAGAGCCCGGUUUGACUUCGAGACUCUGGAAAUGGGUGAAUGGUGAUACGGUAUUGAAGCCAUCUUGGGGCAAAGAUCAGCCAAAUAACUACAACGGAGAGCAAAAUUGCGUCGUUCUCGAUGGCGGACGUGGUUGGUUGUGGAAUGACGUUGGAUGUAACUUGGAUUAUUUGCAUUUUGUGUGUCAGCAUGCUCCCUUAUCUUGUGGAUCACCGGAUUCGUUGACAAAUACGACGAUUAUUGGAAAAAAUUACACAGUUGGCAAUCACAUCCAGUAUCAAUGCCCAAAGGGACAUUCUUUGAUCGGCGAUGCCAAAAGAACUUGUGAAAAAAGUGGAUUGUGGAGUGGAAAAGCACCAACUUGUAAAUAUAUCGACUGUGGUCCACUUCCACCAAUCGAGCACGGCAGCAUAAUUUUACCUGAAAGUCGCACAACAUUUGGCGCAAUCGCCACAUACACGUGUCACGAGAACCACACAUUGAUCGGAAAUGAAAAUCGCACGUGCGAAUUGACGGGAUGGACUGGCACACAGCCCCAAUGUCUGGUAGAUUGGUGUUCGGAGCCGCCCAAAAUCGAAGGCGGAAGCAUGAAGUUGUCUGGAAGACGUGCCGGCUCCACUGUCACGUACGAAUGCGAACAUGGCUACAUUCUAAUUGGCGAGCCAAUUUUGUCUUGCGGUCUCGGCGGAGAAUGGACGGGAAAACCACCAGUUUGUCGGUUUGUUGAUUGCGGCUCGCCAGCAAGACCGGAUCGCGGCAGUUUGCAGUUGUUGAAUGAUUCUACGACAGUCGGUUCGAUAGUGAAAUAUUUCUGUCAGGAGGAUUAUUGGCUGGUUGGAUCGGAUUUCUUGCAUUGCACGAAGGAGGGAAAGUGGUCUGGCGAUACGCCGAGUUGUGAAUUGAUUACUUGCGAGACACCUCACGUACCUCCAGGCUCAUUCGUUGUCGGUUAUGACUACAACGUUCACUCGACAAUUGAAUAUCACUGCGAUCCGGGAUACGUUUUACGUGGCCAGGCAACGUUAAAGUGCUUAGACACGGGAUUAUGGAGUGGCGAGGAGCCAGAUUGUGAUUACGUUGAUUGCGGAACUUUGACCCAAAUCCCCUAUGGAACAAUAAAAUAUCUCACAAACACGACACAUUUGGGCUCGGAAGUGGUUUAUUCUUGUGCCAAUUCACACAAACUCAAUGGAACACCGAAGCGCAAGUGCCUGGAAAGCGGCUUAUGGAGUGAUUCGACACCAAAAUGUGAAGAAAUCCGUUGUCCUGAACCAACAUUGGCUCCUCAUAGCAUCUUAUCAGUAACGGGCAACGAUCGAAUGUACGGAAGAACUUUGAUUCGGACAUCAGAAACGUCAAGCAAGAACAUGCAAACGUACAAAAUUGGAGCUCUAGCGAAAUAUAGUUGUGAAAGAGGCUACAAAUUGAUCGGAGAUCCCCUUGUGACAUGCGAAGAAAAUGGAUUUUGGAGCGGAAAUAUUCCAGAAUGUGUCUAUGUCGAUUGUGGACAACCAUCAGAGAUCGAAAAUGGAAAAGUCACGCUGGCAACGAAUUUCACGUACUACGGAGCAGCUGCUCAUUACGAAUGCAAACCGAAUUUCAAGCUGGAUGGAGUAUCGAGAAGAUUGUGCGGCGACGAUGGAGCAUGGAGUCAAGAUUCUCCGGUUUGUCGGGAAAUUACUUGCGAUGAGCCAGAUGUCAAAGAUAAUUUAAUUGUUGAUGCUGGAACACGUCUCGUGGGGGCUUUUGCCAAAUAUAAAUGUGCAAAAGGAUAUUUUAUUGUGGGAAAUGACACGAGAAAGUGUUCCGCGACGGGACAAUGGACUGGAAGAGUUCCAAAAUGCAAAGCUGUGGAUUGUGGUCGCCCGAAUGAAAUCGAGAACGGACGAGUGAUUGUUGUGAAUGAUUCCACGUUAUAUGGAGGUGCAGCUGAAUAUCAUUGCGUGCCACAAUACAAUCGCAUCGGUCAAUAUCUUCGAAAAUGCAUGGAAGAUGGCAAAUGGAGUGGAGAUGAGCCACGAUGUGAAUUGAUUUUGAAUGACACGCAAGCCUCCACAGGUCUCGGAACAGGAAUUGCCAUCGCCUCGUCCAUCAUCCUAAUUCUCCUUAUUCUCAUCGCCAUAAUUUUCUUCCAUCGGAACAAGUCGCGUCCCGUGAAAAACACGGAAAACGUGCAAGCCGCUGAACGAAAAGACGAACGAAGUGCCGCUGUGAUGUCCUAUUCGACGCUCGAAGCGAACAAUCGACAUCCGUUUGACGUUAAUCGGGGCACCACGACUUUCGAUACGUUCCAGUCGCCAGCACGAACGAACGGACAAAAUGGAACGGCGGGCGCUGCGCCAAAUGGACGCGAAAAUAUCUACGAUCAAAUUCCGAAUGAGCAAUAUUACGAUGCGCCAUACGAGAUGCGAAAUAACGACGAAGUGUACGAGCCAGAGCCGCCAAGUAGAACGUCGAACAUGAUUACGAUCAAUGGCAUCAGUGUGCGAUGAAGAGCGCGCUCGCCUUGAAGUCGUCGUCGUUGGAGGAUAUGGGACUGAAAUUUUUUUUUAUUUAAACAAAAAAAAACUUUUUAAUUUUUUAAUGUUAAAUUUUAUGCCAAAAAUGUUGUAAAUUAUAGAGAAAGCUUACCGUCAACUUACAAAUAUAAUGAACUGCCAAACGCAAAAGCCUGAAAAAGACAAAUGUUAACCACUAAAGUUGUAAUUUCCUUGUGUUCCUUGUGUGAUAACUUUUAACAUUUUUCUUUAUUCUGUGGCAAGUUACUCUUUUUUCAAAAUUAUUUAUCGCAAAAGUCAUUAAAUUUCUAAGGAGAUAACGAAAAAAAAUGCAAAGGAACAAUCGUAGCGACCUAUGUAUGAAUUUAAGUUUUAAG